CACCAGUGGCCUAUUCGUGAUUAAAAAAAAUGGGAGGAACGUGGGAGCCCUUGGUGAUAUGGAGGAACUAAUCUAAUUCCAAAACUUAGAUAUUCUUUUCACGUCCACCAAACUACCAUGAAACAGCAUGAGUAGUUGUUAUCACUUACCUGUAGUUGUAAAGCCGGACUGCUUGGGGAAAACUAUCGGCUUCAAUGGCAAGUAGCACGGCAAAUAGAGGAUCGGAAGAAGAAGCCAAGCGGUUAGCCGCUGAACUCUCCGAAACCCUAAAGGAAGGCGAGAGAAUCAUCGCCCCGACCCGAAGGCCCGACGGCACUCUCCGCAAGCCCAUUCGUAUUAGGGCUGGGUAUCGCCCCCAAGAGGAAGUCGCCAUUUACCAAUCCAAAGGCGCCCUCUGGAAAAAAGAAAUGGCGGCUUUGCGGGAAACGCCACCUGGGUAUGACCCUGUGAUGGAUGCUCCAAAAGCCAAGUCUAAAGCAGCUAAGAGGAAUGAAAGGAAGAAGGAAAAGCGCCUGCAGGCUGCUCUUGAGAAGGAAGAUGAUAUUGAAGAUAAUGAUGGUGUUUCAUCUGCCUCUUUAAAUCACAACCAUUUGUCAGAUCAAGUAGAAUUUGUUGCAGCACGUAUGAAUGAGCUCGCUGUCUCUUCAAAUCUGGUGGAUCCGCCAUCAAAUUCAAAUGAAUCAUUGACAGGGGAUCAUCUUCAAGACAUCGAUAAAAAGAUCAGAGCACUAAAAAAGAAGAUUCGGCUGACAGAAGCCCAACAGCAGAAAAAUGAUAAAAAGGAUAUGAAGCCAGAGCAGUUGGAGAAGAUGGCAAAAUUGGAAGGAUGGCAUGCUGAGUUAAAGAUUUUGGAAGAUAAAAGGGCUGAAUUUGCACCUUUGGGGGCUUGAUGAAUCAAUUAGCUGUAGCCUGUAGGUUAAAUUAAACCAACCUAUUAGUCUCCAUUUAAUUUGUUUUCACAUUAAUCUCUUUCAUCUUGUAGGACUGGAAAAUUGUUGGUUAAAUAUUUAUCAGAUUCUUACUGGUGAAUUAUGAAUGACAGAUUGGUUUCUUUUUCUUAAAUGUUGCCAUGCUACCAGAGGGUUAAAAGUGGGGGUAUACUUCAAGUAACACCAUCAAUGUUGGAUUGGUAGUCUACCAAAAUACCUAGGAGGUCCUUCUACUAUAAAACUUUACUCAUUGUAGUUGAUUUACUGGAAAUAUGUUAAAGUUAAUCCUUGUUAUAUACUCCUCUAUUAACAACUUUAACUGCCUCUAUUAACUUUUAUCAUGUCGCGUGAAUAUCUUUUAUGACAUCAUUUGAUGCUGAUUUGCA